GUUUAAUUUUAAUUUUUGUCGUUAUCCAUGGUUGUUUAAUAUGUGAAUGGAAAUUAAAAAAAAAAAAAUAAUAAAAUUCAAAUUCGAGCGAAACAAAAUAAAUAAAUAAUCAAACAAUUAAAUCACGUGGAUCACAUUUUAAAUAUUUUGAGGACCGAAUGUAAAGUGUACAUUAAUGUUAAAACGCGCGAAUAACAGCGACAGUUUUUGUGUGAGAAAAUAUGGCACACGGAGGAACACAGAAUGUUCCUCCGUCUGAGCAACGCAGUAUGAACAAUAAUUUUUGUAAUACAUGUGGUGUUACAUUUGAUAGUAGUGAAUCAUUGCAAGUACAUAUCCACAAUAAUCACAAUCAGCCCGUUUCAGCGGCAGCUGAUUCAAGUGAUAAUCAGCCACCGACACCGCAAUCCACGGCAAAUGGUGAAACAAAUCAACAACAGCAACAACAACAACAAGCAUUAAAUAAUCAUUAUAAUCGGCAUUCUCAGGAGUUUUCAAACGUGAAUAGCAAUUUGAAUCAGUUACCAAAUUAUCAUCAUCAACCAAGUGAAAUGCAUUAUCCAAGCUAUAUGUCAAAUUACGAUCAGUAUUAUCAUCAGCAUUCGAUUGAGUACGGUUUACCGCCAAUAACGUCGCACUAUACAUUGUCGGCAUCGCAAUCACAGCCCGAGUACAAAACUGUGCCUUCAUCGAAUCGCUUUCAUCCAUAUGGCGCUAUGUCGAAUAGUUUAACGGUACAUCAUCCGUAUCCAUCGCAUCAUGCGCCCCACAAUCACAAUGCACAGCAUAAUCAAUCACAAAAUGGGCCAGCAAUUGCUGCUGCAGCAGCUAUUUCAGCAGCCGCCGCCCAAAGUUCAAUGAGUCCAAGUGUUGUGACAUCAUCGAGUCCGAUUCAAAAUAAUUUAAUGAAUUCGACCACGGUUCCAUCGUCAAUGGCACAAACACCACAAAAUAGCCAACCGACACCGUCACCAUCGCCAAGACAAUGCGAUAAGUGUGGCGUUGUUUGCGAUACCAUUUCACAAUUGGCUGAACAUCAAGCAACGGCCCAUAAUGCCACAAAUAAUUCAAGUGAAUCAACGAUCAAUCGUAGUGGUGGAAACGGUGACAUCGAAAAUGAUAUUCCAUCAUUCCAAUACUCAAACUUUGCCCAACCAAAAGAAGAACCACAUCCGCCAGAUUGCGAUAUUCUCGAUUUGGAUUCACAAAAAAUGGUGUAUCCACCUCACGAUAUGAACCAACAAGGGCCAUUGCCGCCAAUGCAUUCACUUCAUCCGAUGCAAAGGCCGAUGAUGUGGCCACCGCACGGACCGCCACCGCCACACGAAACCAAUAGUUUUCUACCGAUUCCGUCAAAUCACAAUCAGAAUGAUCUGAAACCGCCAAUGUUUGGUUCGAUUAAAAAUGAAUUUUCACCGCAAAUCAUUAAACAGGAGGCACCACAUCAUCUCACACAAUUGCCAAGCACACCAACGAAUCCACCGCAAUCGGAAUUGUCGAAAUCAUUUGGUGGCAGUGAUGGUAGUCAAACAAGCCCAUCCGAAUUUCCGAGCACAACAACGCCACAAGAUGGACCACAGUUUCGUACUUUUGAAGCUGCCACUUCAUCGUUGCCGAAUGGAGGACCGAUUAUGAAGGCAACUUCAUGGAAAUCGAAUGAAGCGCGUCGACCAAAAACAUACAAUUGUACCGCGUGUAAUAAAUGGUUUACCAGUUCAGGCCAUUUGAAGCGUCAUUACAAUACAACUUUACACAAAAAUGCAGUGAAAUCGAGUGGUCAACCAGAUCCAGCCACUUUACCGAUCAGUGCACACCAUCAUCCGGCUCGUGAUCCAAAUUCAAAACAUCAUCGUUACAACAAUAAUAAAACGACUCACAACAACAAUUCGAUUGUACAACAGCAAUCGGCACAGCAAGUACAAGCACCACCACAACAACAACAAUCGACGUUACCAAACAUUGAUUCAACACGAACAACCGAAUUUGCAUCACAAUUCACACCGUUUGCGCCACAAUCACAACCAACGAAUCCGAUGGGGUUUCAACAAUACCCAAACUCAAUGCAAUCCAAUGCUUCGAUUCACCCAAACGCGCAAGCAGGUCUCUGCGGCCCUGUCUCCCAGCCGAGAGACCUGCUGACUUACUCGGACCUCACGGGAGUUCACAGCAGCAGCAACAACAGCAGUCAAUUGUUGGUACAGGAUUUUAUCCAGGUGCCGCAGAUGCAGCAAAUUUUACCGGAAUCCACCAUCAUGCAAAGCAUCACCUCAAUGGAGCAUUGCAACAUCAUAACGCCUAUAACUAUCAACACCAGCAUCACCCAAUCGUAUCCGCACAUGCAGCGACCGGCGGAGGACCCGAACUAUAUUAUUGGUAAUCAUAUGAUGCACACAGGUAAUUCAAAUCAAAGUACAACACCACCCAUGUCAUACUAUAGCAAUGAGUAUGAUGAGCACUAUGAUAACGUUUAUCAUAAUCUAAGUGACGAUGAAAAAGACAUUAAAUGCUUUCCGAAUACAAUUCCGGCUAUAACUGCAUUGCGGCGAUUAAACAAUGACAUUCAGCAUGCCGAUACAGUUCCACCAUUUUCACCCGACAUUCCAGACAAACGAAUGUCAGUGUCAUAUCAAUCACCACAAUCGGGUGAAAUUGUGCCAUCACACCUAUCGCCAAAUGCACCAAAUCAUUGUACGGCCGAUAUUCCAAAAAAUGAAGCAUCCAUUGGCAAUGAGCCAAGUUCACCAAGCAUCACAUCAACCAAUGCAUUUGAACACUUUCCAUCAAAUAAAUGCACAAACAAUGCCAAUACAAAUGGAAAAAAUCGCAAAACAAAUAAACGUCGUACGGUUAUUGAUACAUCAAAAUUAAUAACAGACACAAUACCAGCGGGAAACGAUCCACUACGGUGCGAUCCAUGUGAUAAAGUUUUCAACAAAGCUUGUUAUUUAACGCAACACAAUAAAACAUUUCACUCCGGUGAAAAGCCGUUCAAGUGCCAGAGAUGCGGAAAACGAUUUCCAUGCGAUCAAACGCACACCGAGCACAUGGCAAAACACAAUGGAAACAAGCCAUUCAAAUGCAAUCAAUGUGUUAAACAAUUCAAUCACAAAACCGAUUUGCGGCGGCAUAUGUGCUUGCACACGGGCACCAAACCAUACAUUUGUGAAAUAUGUCAAAAGGGUUUCAUACGCAAAGAUCACAUGGUCAAACACGGUCUUACACAUUUAAAGCGAAAAAACGGUGGCGAUUCAAACACACCGUCGGCAACAAAAGCCAAAGCAGCGAAAGCAGCAGCAGCAGCAGCGGCAGAAGAAAAACCAACCAACGAGCAACUGUCAUCGACGGAAAAAUUUGAACAAUUGGGCGUGACAAAGAAGCAAAGAGGAUAUGUCCUCGAAAUCGAUUUGAAUGCACCAGUUAAUCGAGUCAAGUACAAACAAUCCACGAUCGACGCAAUGCUCACUAAAACCAAGAGAAAAAAAGAGAACAAAGAAAACAUUCAAUCGAGUCAAAAAGUAGCGCACUCCAUUGCAGACUUGGUUUUAAAUUUUGAAUACUGAUUCAUUUGCGCAAACAGUUCAAACAUCUACCUCAAUUGAAAUAUACUAUAUAAUAAUUUAAAAGGAGAGCGAAAACUAAAUAGAAAUCUAACAGAAGAAGAAAUAACAAAGACACACCAUAAGACAUUUUUUGAAAAGAUUAUUUAAAUAUUGUAAUGUAUUUGCAUGUAAAACUGAGUCAAACAUUAUUUUUGGGGUGAAUUUUAUGCCAGAGCCUCAUCAUACGAUAUUCUUUUUUGCAUUGAAUUGAAAUAUACGAUAAAAAUGUUUUUAGAACAUUUAUUUACACUACCUCAAAAACUUAUAGCAUUUUUUAAUGUCAAUAUGAUAAACCGAUGAAAAAAAAA